AUGCCUAGCAAUUCAUCUAAAGCAGACCACCUUUGUGUGUUGGUCCACGGUCUUUGGGGCAACCCUUCCCACCUUGAUUAUGUCGCCUCUGCGCUUCUAGAACGACAUGGCGAUGACAGCCUCUACAUUCUUUGUCCAAAAGCAAACAGUGGAAAUUAUACAUAUGACGGAAUUGAGCUGGGCGGAGAACGAUUAGUGCGCGAGGUCGAGGAGACACUCGAGUCCUUAGCCAAAAAGGGUCAGAAGAUCACCAAGAUUAGUGUUAUCGGAUAUUCACUAGGUGGUCUUCUCGCGCGAUAUGCGAUCGGUCUGUUGAAUGCGCGGGGGUGGCUGGACAAGCUGCAACCCAUGAACUUCACAACCUUUGCGACCCCCCAUGUCGGAGUUCGGACACCACUGAAGGGUUUCAGUAAUCAAAUUUGGAACGAACUAGGCCCGCGGACGUUAUCCGUGUCCGGACGGCAGAUGUGGUUGAUCGACUCGUUCCGGGACACUGGGCGACCACUGCUAAGUGUUUUGGCUGACCCCGAGAGCAUUUUCUUGCAAGGAUUAAAAAAGUUUCAAACUCGCAGUGUCUAUGCAAAUAUCGUCAAUGAUCGCUCGGUCGUGUUUUUUACGUCUGCGCUGUCCAAAGUGGACCCGUUCCGAACUUUGGAUGAUCUAAACAUCAACUAUGUUAAGGGCUACGAGGAUGUGAUUAUCGACCCUGACCUUUAUGUGUUACCGCCUGUCCAAAAGAAACCCGCAAGUCUGGUGUCCCGGAUAUGGAAGAAAUGCAAAUCUCUGGCAAUCUGGGUUCCUUUAUCGGUGCUUCUCGUUGUCCUUGCGCCCGUCGCUAUUAUCAUCUUCUUGAUCAAUGCUGCUAUCCAAACCGUCCGCAGCUCCAAUCGCAUUCGCCUACAUCACAAGGGUGACCAUGGUGCAUUCUUUGGAAGAUACAGAGUACCUGUCAUUGUUCAAGACGUCCAACAUGUUGUGGAGGAAGUUUUGGAAAACGUCAACGCCCGACAAGAUCCGGCCUAUCUUUCCAACAGCGAUACCGACCUGUCCGAAUCUGGCUCGAAGGUUGCGGAGAACGAUGAGGAAUCCGCAUCAAGGUCACCAACUCUUUCCUCCGCCACUGCAGUUUCUCCACACUCUCCCAAGCUUGCGUUGUCACCCGAUCAGGCUGCUAUCAUCGACUCACUCAACGCAGUGGGAAUCAAGAGAUACCCAGUCCACAUCCAGAAGCACCGUCAUAGUCACGCAGCCAUCAUCGUCCGAAGCCCUAAAGACGGUUUCCGAGAAGGCACGAUUGUGAUGAAGCACUGGCUGGACAACGAAUUUGCCGUAUAA